AUGCGACCACUCAUAGCGAAACCGGAUGCUCAAGAAGAUGUGAGUGAGGGCUUGAAUGGGACUUUGAUGACGGAGCAGCCGUGGCUGGAGGCAAAGAGGUGGCUGCUGGUGGCUGUGCUGGGACUGGAGAUGACCAUGGGAAUUGUGGGAAACUGUCUGGUUCUGCUGGUCAAAGUCAUGUGCAGGGACCAGUUCUCCUGUCGUUACUGGCUUCCCUUCCUCAGUCUCACCUUGUCAGAUUUAGGAUGCUCCCUCCUUAUCAUCUCCGGCUCACUGGUAGCCAUCUUGACUGGAGGUCAGAGGUCGCCGUGGUGUGAAGUCGUCAGCCUGCUUAAAUUUGCCUUCAUCACCUCCUCUUUAGGGAGCAUAGCUAUUCUUUGUGUGCAACGACUGAUCGGCAUGGCCUCCACAGGAAGUGCUCUCUUUGUUGUCAUGGUGACAGCCUGCUUGGCUUCUUGGGUGACAGGGCUGGUGUUUGGGAGCGUGCCGGUGGUCUACGCCUGGAUCAGGUACGACCCCGCAGAGAUGCUGUGUGCUGUCUUCUGGGAGAACAGCUACUCAGACAUGUUGCUCUACAUCCUCUGUGCCUUCUCCCUCUGUAUCUUCCUCCCCUGCGUCCUCAUCUUCUUCUGCUCUCUUCUACUGAGUGCCAGCAGCUGCCACUCCAUCUGGAACAGUGAUGAUGCAGUAGACCUGUCUUCAGUCAGUCCUCUGCUGGUGUCCUUCUCCAUGCUCUGCUACACUCCCUUCUUUGUGUCUGAGCUGAUCCUGCUGGGCAGGAGAGACCUGUCACCGGCACCUGAUUGGUUAAGGACACUGUCCUCAGUGAUGUCAUACCUGGACUGUGGUCUGAACCCUCUUAUUUACUGCUCCCAUCAGGACUUUCGGGAGGCGGGCCUAGCCCUGCUGUGGACCAAUAGGAAACCAUCGUCAGAGCCUGUCCUCACAUCUAUCACCAAACGUGUAAAUGUGUGAGGGCCUCCACAUUGUUCCAGACAUUUCAACUAUCUAACAAUGAUGCAUCUCAUCAUGUAGUA